UCACGCGAGACUACACUCAGUUGAUGAUAUGCCACGUCUUUGAAAGUGUUGUUGCAUUCAAUGAACACCACGUACAGGUAGACAGAACCAGGACAGAGUUUUCAUCAUCACUAUAACGGGUAUCAACGGGUCAGCAGACUUGCAGAAUGGCAGGGCAUCCCCGAUGCUCCUUGGCACCAAUGGUGCUGUUGGCAGUGGCUCUGGUACUUUCGCAGACUCUACAAACCGGGGCACAUUCCCACUCUCAUGGUGACCAUGAUCACGGACAUGGCCACGGGCAUCAUCAUCAUGGACAUGGACAUGGCCACGGACACCAUCAUGAUCAUGGGCACGGGCACUCUCACGAAGGGCAAAGGAUGUUCCACGGCGCCAGCAAGUGGAGCGCAGAGGCCAACCUUCCUACUGCAGAGGAGGAGAUCCACCAUCAUCACCAUGGGCAUGGCCAUGCACACGAUCACCACGGACAUGCACACGAUCACCACGGACAUGCACACGAUGAGUUUGAGGAGGCCCUGGAACACCUCGAGGAGGUCCAAGAUCUCCAUGAGGAGCCGCUUGAGGAGGAGGACCUUGACCUCCACCAAGAUGAGCUUGUAGAAGAGGUCCAUGAGGACGCACAACAGGAUGAGCCGGAGGAGGACCAUGAUGAUGCCGGCACACAGGAGGACCAGGAGGAGGUGGAGGUGGAGGAGGAGGGCCAUGAUCACCACCACGACGCACAUGAUGACCACGAGGAGGCUGAGGACCACCACGGACACUCUCACGACCACCACGGACACUCUCACGACCACCACGGACACUCUCACGAUCACCACGGACACUCUCACGAUCACCACGGACAUUCGCACGGCCACGCUUCAGAGCCAGCCAAACAGGAGGGUGCGGCAGAGAAGCGUGACCUGGUGGAGCUCUGGAUGCAGGCGAUCGGCGCCACUCUGCUGAUCAGUGCGGCCCCCUUCCUCAUCCUCUUCCUCAUCCCGGUCCAGUCCAACACGGAUCAGCACCAGAACCUGCUGAAGGUGCUGCUCAGCUUCGCCUCUGGAGGCCUGCUGGGAGACGCCUUCCUCCACCUCAUCCCCCACGCACUGGAACCCCACUCUCACCAUGGCGAUGAAGGACACGGCCACUCACACGCCAAGGCAGAGUCAAAUGACCACGGCCACUCUCACGGUGCUAACCAUGCCCAUAUGAUGUCUGUGGGCCUGUGGACGCUGGGGGGAAUCGUUGCCUUCCUGGUGGUGGAGAAGUUUGUCCGCCUGCUGAAGGGAGGACACUCUCACUCACACGGACACGGACACUCCCAUGGUGCUGCCAAAGCAAAGGACAGUGAUGCAGAAGAGGAGGAGGAAGAGAAGAAGGAAGCCAAGACAGAGGAGAAGGGAACAGACAUUAAGGUGUCGGGCUACUUGAACCUGGCGGCCGACUUCACGCACAACUUCACAGACGGUCUGGCUAUCGGCGCCUCCUUCCUGGUUGGGCCUGCCGUCGGCAUGGUAACCACCAUCACCAUCCUGCUGCACGAGGUGCCUCACGAGAUCGGAGACUUUGCCAUCCUCGUCCAGUCCGGCUGCACCAAGAGAAAGGCCAUGUGUCUGCAGCUGCUGACGGCGGUGGGGGCGCUGGCCGGCACGUCUUGUUCCCUAUUGGCAGAGGGCGUGGGCGCGGCCGCCACCGCUUGGAUCCUCCCCUUCACCGCCGGCGGCUUCGUCUAUAUCGCCACGGUGACCGUGCUGCCCGAGCUGCUGGUGGGCCGCUCCAGCCUCGGCCAAUCGCUGAUGGAGAUCCUGGCGCUGCUCUUUGGAGUGGGCAUGAUGGUGCUCAUCGCAGAGUACGAGUGAAACCAAGAGGGGGCGACGUGGGACGUUCCAUAUGUUUGACAAGGGACUGAGUGAGAGACGAUGUGGAGAGAGUAAAUGAAAGAGACAGAGAGAGGGAGAGAAGGAAGGAGGACAAAAAGACUGUAAUCUGUGGAGAAAUUUCAGGAUCAAGACGGGGGAAAGAAUCAUGCAUAAAACACUGUUACGUUUUUUGGAGUGUGCUACCGAGUUUUGAUAGCUGACAGGUGGCUGGGGAAAAAAAUGGUUAUUCUAUGAUGUGGAUGCUGGACGAAGCCAAGAGGGAAGCUGUGUAAUAAUGUGGAGGUGUGGUAGAGAGAGAGAGAGAAAGAGAGAUGGAGGGGUUUCACCAGAGAAAUGAUUCUGAAAGUUUACCAUGUGGUAAUGUCGGAUUUUCAACUGUAUUUAACAUCAAUUUUCAUUCCAUUGCUGUCACAACAUUGGUCCUUGCGAUAACACUUUUUUUCUUCUUUUUCACAACCUGAGAUUUACUUUGACAAAUGACUUCCUUGUGGAAUAGAAAUAGACAUGUGGAAUGAAUCAGUCUUGUCAUCUGUAGUUUUUGCAGUUUCUACUUUUAAAUGUUAAUUUUCGUUGGUUGUAUUUUGUACAUUAUCAUUUGUUUUAUUUGACUUGAACCAGUCGGAUUCUUUUUUUUUUUGCCCCGAUAUGAUACACUCAAUCUGCUUGCAGUCAUCAAGUGAUUGUGAUUGUGAUUGUUAUGAGUGUGUCUAUCUCUUAUUUUUUUUAAUACAUUUUCCUUCCCGCUCUCAAAGUGAAUGUUUACGAUAAUUAGACCAGAUCUGUGACCGUUAAGAACCCAAACUAGGCAGGCAUGUACACAGUACUAUUGGGCUUCAUUCAACGCAAUAUUCCUGGAUUGUCGCUGCAUUGUGAAUGUGCGCUUUAAACCACUCUUGUUGUCGUUGCUCUGUUUGGAGUCGUUUUAAAGCAAAGCUUCUCGUGCAAACAGCCUCAAGUGAUGUAUGAGGCCCAUAUGAGGUUAUCACGUGAACAGCAUCUGUAAAGAGUGGCUUAGUAGAACUUCAGUAAGUAUUGUUAUCAGCAACAAACUUGGGUGGCUGAUAUUCCAGGAGGAACAUGGUGAAGUGAUAAACCUGGCUAAGUUAACCUACAGGAAGUACUAAACCUACAGGAAGUACUAAACCUCCAGAUGUCAUUUAGUUCAGAAAAUCAGGACUCCACUUCACUCCAGGCUCCUCUAUUAGAUGAUUUGCCACUACCUCGAGGUUAACUUGACCAUGUUUACUACUGAACCAGCCUCUGUAGAGCAGUUGUGAUUUUGUCAAUUUUUACCUGUAACUGAGCUGCAGCUCUUCAACUUCACAAAAGUGUUUUGUGUAUUCUAGACAAUCAUGAAAAAAUUGUGGCGAAAUGAUAUUACAUUUUCCAGACACACCUGUCUUCUGACUAACACACACAUGCACACUCACAGUUUUUUUUUUUUUAACGUUUUUUUUUCUUGGAAGGACCAAAAGGAGGAGAGGGGAAACUGGGAAAGAAUGUUAAAUGAUUUAUUGUGUUUUUGUUUUUAUUAAAAAAUACAGAAAAUGUAAAGAUUUUGAUUAGUUGCUGUUUUGCCAUCUUUUUUGCGUGUUCUCCAUUCCAAACAAAAGCAGUUCUUCAU